AUCACCUCUCUGCGACACUUCCCGUCCCCAACAGCACCCGGUGCCGGUCGCAUUAGAAGUGACGCCACGGGACGCAGCCACUGAACGCGGAGCGCGCGCAAAGGAGGACGCGGGUCGGGCAGAGCCGAGCGCAGCGCGGAGCCGCCAUGGCUGAACAUUCAUCAGAAAUCACCAAUGACCCCAUUAAUCCUGCAGAUGCCAAGGAAGAACUCUUGGAUGAAUGUGAGAGUAUUUGGAAGCAGAUGGAAGAGUGUCAGAGCAAGCUAAAGCUUCUAGGAGGAGAAGCACUGCUAAAAUCGAAUGCCAAGCAUUCCUUGUCAAUGAUGCGAGUGAAAGCUUUAGCAGCGGAACGUUAUCAAUGGCAAAAAAGAAUUCCUGAAAUAAUUUCUGCCCAUCCAGAUGUACUGUUAGCAUUAGGAAAAGAAGAGUUGCAGAAAGUAAAAAGUGAUCUUGAAAUGGUGCUGACAACACUUCAGUUAAAGAAUAAAAAUCUGGAAGAAGAUCUGAAAAGAGAGCAGCAGUGGCACAAGGAACAGGAGCAGAUGCUAGAUACUCUUAAUGAAAUUGAAGAGGAAAAAACUCAAGGUGAACAAUUUUGCAAUAAAAGAGCAUGUUAUGAACUGCACAGUAAAUUGUUGAAGCUAAAGUUAUAUAAGGAAGAACUCUUGAAUGCUCUGGGUGAAUUCCUAGAAGAACAUUUUCCCCUUCCAGAGAAACAUGGAAUUGCUGAAAAGAAGAAUUCUUCUGAAAAGCCAGCUGUGGAACUGGUAACGCUGCAUGAAAUUUUAGAGACUCUUAUAAACAAAUUAAUGAGCACACCACAUGAACCCUAUGUAACAAUCACUGACUCGUUUUGGCCACCUUAUGUUGAGCUGCUGCUGCGAUACGGAAUUGCCAUGAGACAUCCAGAAGAUCCAGGCAGAAUGCGCCUAGAAGCCUUUCACAUGUAGCCUGACCUACAUGUUUAUUUUAAAACAAGAUAAAGCACCAGUACUCUUACUUGGGGGCUAAAACAUAUUUUAUGAUGAGGGUUUUUUUGCAAUCUCUUCUUAAUGGAUGAUUUUAUUUUUAUUAUUUUUAAUAAAAUGUGUAUUUAGUCAGGGUAUGCAAUAUGAACAAAGACAAAAAAUUCUACUUUUAACUGCUUGUAGUUACAGUAAGCUUUCAGUUUUAUGGCAAGUGAUGCCAAGAUUUGCAUUGUGGAGGGUUUUUAGCUGUUUUAAUUAGAUGCAAAUUCAGAUAAUAGACAAAGUAAAGAUGUUUAACAGUCCUUUUUAAUUUAAAAAUCAUGCUUUAUACAUGACUUUUCUCUUUUGUGUUCAUUUCUUAGAUUGCUCUAAUUCUUUUCGAUUUCGUUUAGUAUUUUGUUGUACUCCGUAGAGGCAAAAUUUGAAGUAACUCAGCUCCUCCUGUACAUGGCCAUGCAAACAUUUGGAACUAACAGUGAAGUAUCAUCUCAAGAAUGUGGGGGGUUUUGUUCCAGGGCCUUUGCAAACAAAUUUAUUGGCUUUAAGAUAAACACAUAGGAAAGCUGACAGAUCCGUGGCGGAGCGCUCCAGCACAGUGCACAGGGGUUUCCUAAACCAGGGGAACAUCGGGGGGAGCUCAGACACCCCCCAGGAGCCUGUGUGACAGCAGCUGACGAGACCCGGAUGGGGCCAGGAGCAAUGGCGGCCAAGCCCCCCCUCCAUGUAUAAAAAGCAAGUGACAUGGGCAUGGCAUAGCAGUUUGCAUGGGAGGGCGCACAGGGAGCACACUGAAUCUCUGCCAGCUUGACCGGGGAGCAAUGGUAUCCACCCAGUAGGAAGCCAUGGCCUCUCUAAACUCUGCUCUGCACCCACUGCAACUGACGCAGCUUCCCAGACAGAGCACUGGUGGGAACACACAGCCACCCAGGUGUCAGGCUGCAGAGUGUGCCCUGCUCUUACACCACAACAGGACAGCAGUAGUGAGCACCCCUGUGGGAGGUGUGUCCAGGUGGAGAAACUCCUUUGCUUAGUGACAGAGUGUACUGGGUUUGCAUGGCAAGGUUUUGGUAGUGGGGGAGCAACCGGUCGUUUCUGUGAGAAGCUGCCAGAGGUUUCCCCCAUGUCCAACAGAGCCAAUGCCAGCCGGCUCCAAGAUGGACCUGCUGCUGGCCAAGGCCAAGCCCAUCAGCCAUGGUGGUAGUGCCUCUGGGGUAACGUGUUUAAGAAGAAAAGAAAAGGAGCAGCAGCUUUUGCAGCCAGAGAGAAGAGUAAGAAGAUGCGAGAAACUUUGCAGACACCAAGGUCAGUGAAGAAGGAGGGGGAGGAGGUGCUGCAGGUGCCGGAGCAGAGAUCCCCCUGCAGCCUGUGGUGAAGAUGGUGAGGCAGGCUCUCCCUCUACAGCCCAUGGAGGAUGAUGGUGGAGCAAAUACAGUGGACAGACCCCAGGCUGGAGCAGGGGCAGUGUGAGGAGUCCUCCCCUUGAGGAGGAAGGAGCGGCAGAGACACCAUGUGAUGAACUGACCACAACCCCCAUUCCCCGUCCCCCAGUGCCGCUGGGGGGGAGGAGAGAAAUGGGGAGUGAAGUUGAACCUGGGAAGAAGGGAGGGGUGGAGAGAGGUGGUUUAAGAUUUGGUUUUAUUUCUCAUUAUCCUACUCUGAUUUGCUUGGUAAUAAAUUAGAUGAAUUUUUCUAAGUUCAUUCUGUUUUGCCCCUGACAGUAACUGGUGAGUGAUCUCUCCCUGCCCUUAUCUCGACCCAGGAGCCUUUCGUUGUAUUUUCUCUCCCCUGCCCAGCUGAGGAAGGCAGUGACAGAGCACCUUUGGGGGGCAUCUGGCUUCCAGCCUGGGUCGACCCACCACACAGAGCUCCAGCAGGAUGUGAGUAGGUUGAGAAGUAUCAGGGAGGGCAAGAGAGAGGUUACUGGAACCACACCCUACCUUUGAUGGCAAGGCCCGACAGGCAGGCAGGACUCAUAACAGGGAGGAUGCCCUGUCCUUUCUCCACUUGGCAGAAUGUGGUGGCUUAAAGGAUAUUGGGCAAUGAUGGCAAGUGUCUGCCUGGCACAGCAAGACCGUCUCCUCUGUGACUACCCAACCUUCCCAGGUGCCUUUGCAUAAUAGGUACAAGGCUCUCCAAGUGGAACCAAACAAUAACGAGGACGAUGGUUCAUCUAGGUUGGAUGUGUUGCUAAGGUUAAGUCGGCCUACACCCUGCAUCAAAACCACUUCCAUAAAUUAGAAAAGACGGGUCAUUGUCAUAGGAGACUUCUGAAGGGAACAGAAGGCCCGAUAUGCAGACUGGACCCAGUUCUUAGGGAAGUCUGUUGCCUCCCUGGGGCCUGGGCUAAAGAUGUGAAGAGAAAGCUUCCAACCCUUGUAUGGCCCUCAGGUUACCCUCCAUUAUUGAUUUGUCAUGUAGGCAGCGCUGAAGUUGCAAUAAGAAGUCCAAGGGAAAUCAAGAGAGACUUCAGGACCUUGGGAUGACUGGUCCCAAGGAGCACAAGUAGUGUUCUCCUCUACCCUUCCAGUUGCAGGGAAUGAUGAGGGGAAAAAUGAGAAGAGCCAGCAGAUCAAUACCUGGCUCUGAGAUUGGUGUCAAUGGUGGAAUUUUGGGGUUUUUGAUCCUGGGUCCAUUUAUAUAGCACCAGGCCUGCUGGUGACAGAUGGGGUACACGUGCCUCAAAGAGGGAAAGGGAUCUUUGGACAGGAGUUAGCAAGGGUCAUUGAAAGAGCUUUGAACUAGAUUUGAAGGGGGAAAGGGAUAAAACUAGGCUGCUAGAGAUAAGCCUGGGGGCAGCAUGCCACUGCUUAAGGGACAGUGUGCUAGUGAGGUCCUUUCAGUCUGCCAUCUCAGUGGAGGCAGGAGAUGGAGAGCCAUGUGACAGCAAAGACACAGGUUAUUGGUGGGUUAGAAACCACAGAAGUGCCUGAGAAUGGUUGCAUAGGAACUGGAGUUUCUCCUCUGCAGAAAAAGGUGGCAGGAUCAGUAGCCCAAGUGAAGUGCAUCUACACCAAUGCAUGCAGCAUGGGCAACAAACAGGAGGAGCUGGAAGCCGUUGUGCAGCAGGAAAACUAUGAUGUAGUUGCCAUCAUGGAAACAUGGUGGGAUGAUUCACACAACUGGAGUGCUGCAAUGGAUGGCUACAAACUCUUCAGAAGAGAUAGACAAGGAAGGAGAGGUGGUGGGGUGGCUCUGUAUGUUAAGGAGUGUUUUGAUUGUUUAGAGCUUAAUGAUGGUCACGACAGGGUUUGGUGUCUAUGGGUAAGAAUCAGGUUGUUCACAAACAGAGAAGAACUUGUGGGUGAUGUGACAGUUGGAGGCUGUCUUGAGCACAGCAAUCAUGAAAUGGUAGAGUUUUUGAUUCUUGGAGAAGUAAGGAGGAGGGUCAGCAGAACUGCUACCUUGGACUUCCAAAGGGCAGACUUUUGCCUGUUUAGGAGCCUGUUUGGCAGAGUCCCUUGAGAGACAGUCCUGAAGGGCAAGGGAGUCCAGGAGGGCUGAACACUCUUCAAGAAGGAAAUCUUACAGGCACAGGAGAAGGCUGUGCCCAUGCGCUGAAAGAUGAGUCAGAGGGGAAGAAGACCAGCCUGGCUGAAUAGAGAACUUUGGCUGAAACUCGGCGAAAAAAAGGAGAGUUUAUGGCCUUUGAAGAAAGGGGCAGGCAACUCAGGAGGACAACAAAGAUGUCAUUAAGCUAUACAGGGAGAAAAUUAGAAGGGCCAAAGCCCAACUAGAACCUUAAAAGACUAAAAAAUGGCAAAACAAAAAAAGAAUAAUAAUUUUUUGUAACCCUAAACAUGACCUGGAACACAUAGCAAUAGGAGCAUGCUGGUUUGAACAUCGCAAGGGUAUUCAAAAUCCUCAAAAGCUGCUGUGACCAGCCUGAAGAAAAAGGGGAGGUGAAAGAGCAGGAUAAAGUAUUCCCCCCAUCUUCCCCAUAGAUUGGGUGUGAUUAUUAAUCAAUUCAGAGAUGUCAGCCAAGGUACGAGCAUGACAGCAAUGCCACGUACAAAUAUCAGAUUAACCUCAUGAC